AUGGUGGAUGUUUAUGCCAAUGGAGUAUUAUUGGAUAAGAUGUACAAUGAUGCUUAUGAUAUUCUAGAGAGAAUAUCAAACAAUGACUACCAAUACCCCAAUAUGAGGAACAUGUUUGGCAGACGCAAUGCUGCAACAAUAGAUAUAGAUGAUUUAAUUUCCAUGGUUUCUCAAAUCUCAGUAUUAACAGAUAUGGUCAAAAAGCUACAGAAACCAGGGGGUAUCUAUGAGGGGUUGGAUUUCAUGGGACCAUAUCCUUCAUCAUAUGGAAACUUUUUCAUUUUAGUUGUUGUUGACUAUGUCUCAAAAUGGGUGGAAGUUGGAGCAUUGCACAGCAGCAAUGCCAAAGCGAUGCUAAGGUUUAUCCACAAAAAUAUUUUUACUAGAUUUGGAACACCCACAACAUUUAUCAGUGAUGAAGUAUCUCAAUUCAUUGGAAAACAAGUGGCUCAAGAAUUGCAUCGGUAUAGAGUUAAACAUCGGAUUGCUACAACAUAUCAUCCGCAGACUAAUGGCCAAGCUGAAGUUUCUAACCGCGAGAUAAAACAAGUUCUUGAAAAUGUUGUUAAUCCUUCUCGUAAAUAUUGGUCCCUACAUCUUGAGGAGGCAUUAUGGGCUUAUAUGAUAGCAUAUAAAACCUCGCUAUGCAUGUCUCCUUAUCGCCUAGUAUAUGGCAAGGCUUGCCACUUACCCGGGGAGCUGGAGCUUCAAUCCAUUUGGGCUUUGAAACAACUAAACUUUGAUUUGGAUGUUGCUGGCGAAAAAUGA